CAAUUUUUUUUCCUCGUAUUUGUGUACUUCUCUGCAGCCUUUCCAUUUUUUUUAAUUUUUUUUUAAUCUUUUUCUUUUCUGGGUCUUCUAAUUUCCUCUUUGUUUAAGUGGUAAGCAACCCUUCAUUUCUCGUUUCUUCAUUUUGAUUCCCUUCUUCUCUCUCUACUCUCUCUCUCUCUCUACCCCCUUUUUAAUCUCUCUGGAUUUGCGAUGUUGAAGAGGAGAAAAAGAAGGCAUUAGCAGGAUUGAAGUAGCGAGACAGCGACAGGUUAGAUAAUGAACUCUUUCUUCAACCUUGUUCUUCGCGUUUAAUCUUUUUUGUUUGAAUUUCAUACUAGAGGUCACGAUGGAUUGCCUCUGAUUUGGGGAAACUCUGCCAAUUUUGUUAAAAGGGUUUCUAUCUUUUCUAGGGUUUUCCUCUGAUUCUUGAGAUUUCGUCUUUCUGGGCUGUUUCUCGUGAUUUUUUUUUUUACCCUUUUUCUAUGUCUUUCUUGUGCUUACAGAUAAAGUUUCUUCUGAUUGAUACCUGUUUGGGGUUGAACGGAUAGGAGUUUCCAGAGAGGGAAAUCGAUGAACCCCUCUAACUUCAAAUUUCUUUUCAAAAUUUGUGUUCUGAUUCAGUGUAGUUGACCAGAUCUGAAUGUUCGUUUCUUUUUGGUAUUAUCAUGUUUCUUAUGGAUGGAAAAUGGUUUGUUCAACCCCAACUUUUACACUCUAAGAUCAUUCUUAAUGACAGAAAAAGGCGGUGGGUUAGUUGAAAUAUGACAAUUGUAGAAGGGUUAGGGGGUGUUUUUUCUCAUUGUUUAGGUAGAGAGCUUGAUGGAGGAAAUGUUCCGAGCGGUUGUCGUGCCAUUUAGAGUAGGUAAUACCGACAUGGCAACUCCCAUGGAUAUCACUAGACUCACUGCUGGUUUGUUAUCUGAUUCUGUGGCUAAGGCUUCUGACCACUUGACUGAAGUAGGUUCUGAUGAUUGUAAGAGUUCUAAUGGGGAGGAAGAGGUUUUGGUUAUGAAUGAUGACAAGUGCGAAGGAGUUUCGUUGUCGGUCGUGUUGUCUCAAAAUAAUACCAAUUGGGUUGCAGCUGAUGAGACGAUAUCCCAUGUAAGUGAGGAAGAUGAUUCUUUCUCUUUAGAGGGUAUAUAUGAUAGCUCGUGUUCGCAUUCGGUAGUUAGUGAGACUAGCAGCAUUUGUGGUGAUGAUUUUUUAGGUUCUGAGGUGUCGUAUUUCGAAGCAUUUGGUUCCAAGGAUGUUAGCAGUGUUGAGAUUGCAGCUACAGCCAAUGUUGAAAGUCUCGAGACUCCGAUUGCGAGUUCUUCUUCUGCAGGAGUUAGCCUUGAAGAAGAUAUUGGAGAUGGGUUAGGCAUUGAUGCAUGUAACAUGGUUCUCCAGCUUCCUCUUGAGAAAAGAGCAAACGAACCGGUUGGUCGAAGUGUUUUCGAGGUCGAUUGUGUUCCUCUUUGGGGAUUUACAUCCGUUUGUGGAAGAAGACCUGAAAUGGAAGAUGCAGCCACAGCUGUACCGAGGUUUUCAGAACUUCCUGUCCAAAUGCUUAUUGGCGACCGAGUUCUUGAUGGCUCGAACAAGGCUAUAGCUCACCAAACUGUUCAUUUUUUUGGAGUCUAUGAUGGUCAUGGUGGCUCUCAGGUCGCGAAUUUUUGUCAUGAACGUAUGCAUUUGGCUUUGUCUGAGGAGAUAGAACUUGCUAAGCAAGACAUAGCUGCUGGCAAUAUGAAGGAUAGUUGCCAAGAGCUAUGGAGAAAGGCAUUCACCAAAUGUUUUCUAAAAGUUGAUGCUGAAAUUGGAGGGAAACCUGGCGCUGAGCCUGUUGCACCCGAAACUGUAGGAUCCACUGCUGUUGUUGCAAUCAUCUGUGCCUCUCACAUUAUUGUUGCAAACUGUGGCGACUCGAGAGCAGUUCUUUGUCGUGGGAAGGAGCCUAUAGCGUUGUCCGUGGAUCACAAACCAAACAGAGAAGAUGAAUAUGAAAGGAUUGAAGCUGCUGGAGGAAAGGUCAUACAGUGGAACGGAUACCGUGUUUUUGGUGUUCUUGCAAUGUCGAGAUCCAUCGGUGAUAGAUACUUGAAACCAUGGAUCAUCCCGGAGCCAGAAGUGAUGUUCCUCCCUCGAGCGAAAGACGACGAAUGCCUCAUUCUAGCCAGCGAUGGUUUGUGGGACGUGAUGACGAAUGAAGAGGUAUGCGACCUGGCUCGGAGACGAAUCCUACUCUGGCACAAGAAGAACGGCGUCCCUUCGCCUUCUGAGAGGGGUGUGGGGAUCGAUCCUGCAGCCCAAGCUGCAGCCGAAUACCUCUCGAACCGAGCACUUCAAAAGGGCAGCAAAGACAACAUCACAGUAAUUGUGAUUGAUUUGAAAGCUCAAAGGAAGAAGUUCAAGGCCAAAUCAUAACGACAAUGACGAUGACACGCCGUGUCAUCCUUUUUAGUUGUACCAUAUUCUUGAUUUAUGAGACAAAGAACACGAUAUUAAUGUUCGCCCGACUAUUUUUCUUCGGGGCAUUAUGAUAUUAAUGAUAUGAAUGGGAAGGGAAAGUAUAUGCAGCAUUCCGGACGUCGUGGCUCGACGUAUUUGUUAUAAGCUCGAGUCUUGACGAGUUUCUGGCAAUGUAAAUGCCUGCUGCUGCUGCUGCUGCAAUGUGAUAGAAUAGGUGAAAGAAAGAACGCUUAUGGUGUAUUUGAUUUGUGUAUCAUUUCGUACUCUUGGUGCUUAUGAUAAAGAGUUAGCAGAAAUUAAGAAGGUUGUUGUUGUAUGCUA